UUCCUGUUCUCGUCAUCGACAAGAUGGCGGAGGAGAAAUCCAGAACGGAUCUUUUGCUUCCUCUUGUCACGGCCGACAAGAUGGCUCGUCCAAAAAAAGCUCCAGAGUUGCCCAUCCUGGAGAGGCGUAACUGGCUCAUCCACCUUCACUACAUCCGCAAGGACUACGAGACAUGCAAGGCCAUCAUUAAAGAGCAGCUCCAGGAGACCCAGGGAAUGUGUGAAUAUGCCAUUUAUGUGCAAGCUCUCAUCCUGCGUCUGGAGGGGAACAUCCAACAGUCCCUGGAGCUCUUCCAGAGCUGUGCUGUCAUGAGCCCCCGCAGUGCUGACAACCUGAAGCAGGUUGCCCGUUCCCUUUUUUUGCUGGGCAAACACAAGGCAGCCAUCGAGGUUUAUAAUGAAGCAGCAAGACUCAAUCAGAAGGACUGGGAGAUCAACCAUAAUCUGGGCAUCUGCUACAUCUACACCAAAGACUUCAAAGGUGCUGAAGAGCAGCUCAAUAUUGCCCUGGAGCUGAACAAGCAUGACCUGACCUUCAUGAUGCUUGGGAAGAUGUACCUGCUGGAGGGAAACACAGAGAAAGCCAUAAAUGUGUACAAGAGUGCAGUGGAGUUCUUCCCUGAGAAUACAGAGCUGCUCACAACGCUGGGGCUACUGUACAUGCAGCUUGGAACCUACCAGAAGGCAUUUGAGCAUCUUGGGAAUGCAUUGACUUAUGACCCCAACAACUAUAAGGCCAUCCUAGCAGCGGGCAGCAUGAUGCAGACGCACGGUGACUUUGAUGUGGCUAUGAAUAAGUACCGCGUGGCAGCUUGCGCCGUUCCCGAGAGCCCCCCGCUCUGGAACAACAUCGGCAUGUGCUUCUUUGGCAAGAAGAAAUACGUUGCAGCCAUCAGCUGCCUGAAAAGGGCAAACUAUCUGGCCCCAUUCGACUGGAAAAUCUUGUACAACCUUGGCCUGGUGCACCUCACCAUGCAGCAGUAUGCCUCAGCUUUUCACUUUCUGAGUGCUGCCAUCAACCUGCAGCCUCGCAUGGGAGAGCUCUACAUGCUGCUGGCAGUGGCCCUGACCAACCUGGAUGACGUGGAGAACGCCAAGAGGUCCUACGAACAGGCAGUCGCACUGGACAAUUCGAACCCGCUGGUGAACCUGAACUUUGCCAUCCUGCUGUAUAACCAAGGCGACAAGGUAGGGGCGUUGCAGCAAUACCAGGAGAUGGAGAAGAAGGUCAACAACCUGUGGGAAAGCAGCAGCAGCAGCAGCCCUGAGUUCGAUCCAGAGCUGGUGGAGAUAGCCCAGAGAAUGGGCACGGCAUUGCAGGUGGGCGAGAAUCUGAUAUGGACCAGAGCAUCCAAGGAUGGCAAGACCAAGCAACGGGCUACAGCCUCGAGCAAAGCAACCGGUUCCCAGCAGCCCCUGGGCAGCAACCAGGCACUUGGACAGGCCAUGUCCUCAGCAGCCAGCUACAGCAAGGCCAUGCAGCUCUCCUCAGGCGCAGCCCACAGUGAGCUGGAGGAGCCAGAACCCGAUGUGGAGAGUGCCCCCUCGCCUCCUGCUGAGCCCCCUGGCCCCCCUGAAGCUGAGGACCCCUCCCAGGCUUCUAAACCCAAAGACAAGAAGAUGAGUAAGCCGAAGGCGGUGGCUGAGUAGCUCAUGGCACACAUAACCCCCUCCUCACGCUACCGCCUGCUGACCUCUGGGACCUGUGGGAGAAAAGCUCAGCAGAACAUCUGCCUUCGCGCUGUCGGGCUUGGAGAGCAGCAAAUGCCCUGUAGACACGGUAGCUGUGGUGG